AUGAAGACCAUGAAGUCUCGCCGCGGCGGCAACGACCGCGGGGGUAUCCGCAAGCGCGGUCCAACUCGCACCGAUCGGGAUGGCGAUAUGGACAUGGAUGCUGGUGGCGCUCGUUCGAAGAGAAACCGCGCUGAAAAAUCCGGUCUUGGUGGCCGUGCUGCAGGUGCAGGUGUAGGCGGCCGAGCCGCAGGAACUGGCAACCGGGUCCAGGCUCGCGACAAGCACCUUGAUGCAAUUCAACGGGCAAUUUCCAGUGUCGACCCCCAAGCGAACAUCCGACAGGGCAACAGAAAGGCUGCCAGCAAUCUUGAGCAGUUCAGUGUUCGUGGAUGGAAAUCCAGCAAGGCAGCAAGCAACCGUGACGGUGGCCUCGAGAGCCUCAUCGCAUUCCUCGAACGACGCAUGAAUUCCUUUACCAAAUCUGGACCCCGCGCAAAGAUUACCAAGUCGCGCGUUGAAGGUGACACUCUCGUGGUAUUCGUUCGACCUGAUCUGGCGGCUCACAUGCUUCGAAUCAAUAACAAUGUCUUCGCCGGUGCUCAUAUCAACGUUGAAACAUACACUGCUGCCACCGCACUCGAUCAGGAACUGGCCGCAGCGGACAACACUCCUGGAUCGACUGCUGAUACCAAAACCAAAAUGAACACCAUCCUUGGCAAACGCUUCUACCCGGAUACCAAGCUCCUUGACUUGUCAAAGCUCACAGAAGACCCUGGUCUGCAGGCCAUGGGCAUCUUCAACACAACCUCUACCGAGUCCAAGUUCUUCCCUGCUCUCAUGAAGGUCUGGGAGAUGGGCUUCAAGAGUGCAGCUGAGCGACGUGAGGCAGUAACAAGUGUCAGCCUGGCGGACAACAAGCUUCAAAACAUCAACUCUGUGACAACUCUCGCUCAGAGUUUCCCCGAUAUCAAAUUCCUGGAUCUUUCUAAGAAUAAUAUCAAGGAUGCGCAGGGAAUGCUUGGAUGGCGCUGGAAAUUCCGCAACCUCAUCUUCUUGGACAUGAUUGGCAACGACUUCUGUUCCGAUCCCAGUUUCAAAGACACCAUGCUCAAAUGGUACCCCAAGCUGCAAACUCUGAACAACAUUCAAGUCCGAACUCCAGAAGAGGUUGCAGCUCAGAGGAAGACCCCCAUCCCCGUUUUGCCUCCUCACUUUGUCGACGAAUCGCAAAUUGGCGAGAACUUCGUUCGUGCUUUCUUCCCUGGCUAUGACAACGACCGCAACAGUCUGGUCACCAGUGUCUACGAUGAUCAAUCUACUUUCUCGCUCAACGUCAACACCACUGCCCCCCGGGCCGGUCAAACCGAGACCGCAGGCUGGGGUGAAUACAUCAGAAAGAGCCGGAACCUUGACAAAAUCAACCACCUUUCCGCUCGCAUGUCGCGCUCUUUCAAGGGCCCCGAGCAGAUCCGUGAAGUUUUUAAUGCGCUCCCGCCUACUCGUCACCCCGACCUUAUUACAAAAGCAGAUCAAUGGCUCAUUGAAUGCCACCCAGUUCCCAAUCUCCCUGACCCCACUGGACAGAGCCCUACUGGAGUUGGUGGUCUCUCGCUCAUGGUGCAUGGUCAACUUGAGGAGAGCAUUGGUGGCAAGGUUGAGACCCGCAGCUUCGAUCGCACCUUCAUCCUUGGUCCCGGAAACACUCCCGGUGGAAUUCGAGUUAUCAGCGAGAUUUUCUGCCUGCGCGCAUACGGUGGACACGAAUCAUGGAGUCCCGAGAUCCAAGCAAUUUCCCAGGACGCCCCCCAAACUGCCGCUGCACCUCCUAUUGCUAUUCCUAUUACUGCCGUGGCUCCUGCCGUUACUGCCAUCCCCCCAGUUGCCCCGGGUAGCAAUGUUGCCGAAGGAUAUGGUUUGCCCCGACCUGGAAAGCCUGAUGCCCAGCUCCAGCAGGAGCAGUUGGUUGCUCAGAUGAGUGCCAAGUCUGGCAUGACUAUUCAGUUCUCCGAGAUGGCCCUCUCCGGCAAUGGUUGGAAUGCUGAGCUUGCAUGGAAGAACUUCGAACAACUGAAGGAACCAAGCCUCGACGCCUUGGAUGCGGUGGACUACGAUCCGAUUGAACACUUGAAUGCCGUUUUCUCCCACCCAUCAACCCUCUCCUCGGUUUCUCAGAUCUCCGACGCCCUGAACGAAUGCCAAGAUGAGCUGGAUGAUGACAUCGGCAUGCUAGUGGAGGAGCAGGUCACCUCCAAUGCCGAGAGUGUGGAACGAAUCCAGGCAGCCAAGGCUGACCUGUCGGAAUUAUUCAAGAAGAUCGAUGACGUGCGGGAGCGCGCAUUGAAGACGGAGCAAGCCAUCACCGACAUGACAGCCGACAUUAAACAACUAGACAACGCAAAAAAGAACCUCACACUAUCUAUGACGGCCCUCAAACGGUUGCAAAUGCUCACCACGGCAUACGAUCAGCUUCAAGCUCUCAGUCGGACGCGGCAAUAUGGCGAUUGUGCACAGUUGCUUCAGGCUGUCAUUCAGCUUAUGGCCCACUUUAAGUCAUACCGAUCGAUUGAUCAGAUUGCAAUGCUCAGUCGGAAUGUCGCAGACAUACAACGAGACCUGCAAGAGCAGGUCUGUGAGGACUUUGAGAUGGCCUUCGCCAAGGGUGAGGUGGGGCCGAAGCGUGCGAUGCUCGCGGAGGCAUGUCUGGUCGCAGAUGCUCUGGGUGAGCACGCACGAUCCCGCCUGGUGACUUGGUAUUGUAACACGCAGCUUCGCGAGUACCGGCAAGUCUUCCGAAACAAUGAGGAGGCUGGGUCUUUAGACAACAUUUCCCGCCGAUACUCCUGGUUCCGGCGCAUAUUGAAGAUAUACGACGAGGAAAAUGCAGCCAUCUUCCCGGCUUCAUGGCGGGUAAAUGAAGUCUUAGCCAAUGUUUUCUGCGAGGGUACACGUGAUGAUUUCAAAGGCAUUUUGUCCCGAUCUGUACGCAGUGGACAGGCGCUUGAUGUCAAUUUGCUACUCUCAUGUUUGCAAGAAACGCUUGACUUUGAGCAUUCUCUUGAUCGGCGCUUCGCCCCUUCGUCGCGUACCUCUGUUGACACAUUUGCCUCUGCCGAACCGCCCGUAUUCAGCCAGUCGAUUUCUGAGGCCUUUGAACCGUACCUCAGUGUCUGGGUUGAAGCCCAGGACAAGCAACUAGCAGCUUUAAUGCCGAAGUACCGCCAACAGCCUCUCAAAGUACCAGACGAAGAGUUCGACUCGCAUAGUGUGGUUUCGUCUUCGACGGAGCUUUUCACUUUCUACCGACUUGCUUUGCAGCAAUGCGCUAAACUCUCAACCGGGGGCAGUCUGGCGGAGCUGGCCAAGGUAUUUGCCAAAUAUCUGGACCAAUAUGCCCAGCAAGUUCUUCUCAAUUAUAUAAGUGAACGGCCCACGGGUCACACACCGUCCCGGAUGCCCUCUGUGGAAGAUUACAUCUCAGUCUUGAACACUGCCGACUACUGCUAUACUACCUGCACUCAAUUGGAAGAGAAGAUUAGAAGUAGGCUGGAUGAGAAUCUAAAGCAAUCUGUGGAUUUGCAAAGUCAAGCAGACUCCUUUAUGGGCAUCGCAUCCGCUGCUGUACGAGGCCUUGUGCGCCAGGUUGAAGUCGGCCUUGAGCCCUCCUGGCGCGAGAUGCGCAACACGCCCUGGGCUAAGAUGGAGGCAGUUAGUGAUCAGAGCUCGUACAUGGCCGAGAUGCUUUCCCAGACGAAGGAGAAGGCGUCUGAAAUUUUACAAUAUCUGCAUAAGCACCAAUAUGCUCGUGCCUUCUCGGAUCACCUGGUGGAGCUCAUGUCGAGCCAGUUCAUCAACAACGUCUUCCAAUGCAGACCUCUUUCAGAGACUGGCGCAGAACAGAUGCUUCUCGAUUCCAAUGUUCUCAAGGGCGGUCUUUCGUCACUGCUACCUGCUCCAGCGCCCGCCGGCUUUGUCAAGCGCGUGAAUAGCAGCUUCUUCAAAAUCGAAACCCUCCUCAAAACCCUCCAGGUCCGGCCGUCACCACCGGAAGCUCUUGUACAAGCUUACCUCAUCCAUAUUGCCGACCGCAACAAUAAUAACUUCCGCAAAAUCCUCGAGCUGAAGGGCAUCCGCGGGCGCCAGGAGCAAAACCACCUUGUGGAACUGUUCCAGCUUCACCGUGCAUCAGACCGCUAUGCAUCCAGUCUCCAGUCGAGCAACCCCAUUCUUGCCUCUCUGCAAGGGCCAUCCGCCACCGCCACCGGGUCCGUAUCCCAGGGCCUAGGCCUAAGCAGUGCCGCCGCGGCCAUGCCCUCUCGUUUUGAAGCCUCUCUGCUCGGGUCUGCCAUCAUGUCGGCUGCCAAAGACGGCGUCGAUCGCUUCGGCAACCCCAGCUUAAGCACACUGGGAGCUGGGACGACCGGAACAUCUCUUUCCACAUCUGGCCUGACCAGCCCAUCAGGCACCUUAUCUCCAGCCCUCGGCGGGUCUUCCCUACAACCUAAUCACAUGUCAAGUCCAUCCGAGAGCGCUACCGGAAACCUCAACGAGAACCUGAAGAACAUUGGCAAAUUCUUCCGUCGUGAUCUUGGUGGUUUCGGAGGCCGAUUCGGGCGGAGUACCGAGGAUGGGGCGUAG